AUGGACCAUCAGUUGUUAAAAAGUUUAUAUGAUCAAAAGUAUGAGAGAAGGAAAUUCGCUGCUUUAGAAUUAGAGAAAGACUUAUUGAAUUUUUUAAAUAAGAAUGAAUUAAAUAAAAUAAAAUUAAUUAUUGAUCAAUUAUCUAAUAGCUUAAAUAAAGAUAAGCCAAUAAAUAUAAAAAAUGGUGGUCUAAUAGGUUUAGCUGCUGCAGCUAUAGCAUUAAAUGAUAACUUGAAUAAUUAUUUAGAUGUAAUUAUAAACCCAAUCUUGUUAUGCUUCAAUGAUCAAGAUUCUAGGAUUAGAUACUUUGCUUGCGAAUCUAUGUAUAAUAUCGCGAAAGUUUCAAAAUCUAAUUUAUUACCUUACUUUGAUCAAUUAUUUGAAAAUUUAAUCAAGUUAUCUUCAGAUACAGAGAUAUCUGUAAAAAAUGGUUCAGAAUUAUUGGAUAGAUUAUUAAAAGAUAUCAUCAUUGAUAAUGCUAAUCUUAUCAAUUUAGAUAAUUAUUUAACUUUAAUUGAAAAAAGGAUAUACGUCGUUUCUCCUUUCACAAGAAUUUUUUUAAUAUCUUGGUUAACAAUAUUCGAUUCCAUAUCUGACUUGCAAAUUUUGAAUCAUCUUUCUAAAAUUUUGGAUGGUUUGUUUAGAUAUUUAUCAGAUAAUUCUGUUGAUGUUAAAACUUCAAGUCAACAUUUAUUGGAUAGUUUUUUAAACAAAAUAGUAAAAACAAAGUUCAAUCAUUCACAAUUUACAGUUGAUUAUUUAUCAAUCUCAAACAUCUUAAUUAAUCAUUUAAACUCAACUAAUGAAGAAAUUCAAUUAAAUUCCUUUAAUUGGUUAUUAGAGUUAUUGAAUUGUCAAUCAAACUUUCUAGUACCAUCUUUAACUCCAAAACUAAUUCCUUCAAUCUUACCUUUCUUAUCGCAUAAUAAUCAACAAAUUAAUGGUUUGGUUAAAUCUCUAAAUUUCAAAUUAUUCGACGUAAUAAAAAACUUGAAUGAUUUAAAUUCUUUUGAUUUUCAAUUAACCUUAUCUAACUUAACCAUUCAAUUACUGAAUGAUUUAACUGAGACCAGAGUUGCUGCUUUAGAUUGGAUGCUUAUGUUACAAGAAAAGUCUUCGAAUAAAAUUUUCAAUUUGCAAGAUGGUACCUUUCCAGCUUUACUUAAAACUCUUUCGGAUCCCUCAGAACACGUCGUUAAGAGAGAUUUACGUUUAUUAGCACAAGUUUCAAAAUCAUCCUCAUUAGAUUAUUUUAACGCAUUUAUCAAAAAUCUGAUCAAAUUAUUCUCAACUGAUCGUCGCUUACUAGAGAAAAGAGGUUCUCUGAUUAUAAGACAACUGUCUUUAAGUUUAGGGUCCUCCAAAAUUUAUAAUGCUCUAGCUGAUAUUCUUCAAUAUGAAGAUGACCUAGAUUUUGCUAGCUUUUUAGUGCAAAAGUUAACCGUAGUUUUAAUUACUGCGCCAGAGCUAGCAGAUCUUCGGAAACGGUUGAAAUGCUUUGAGUCUAAGGAUGACGAAUUACUGUUUUGCAAAAUUUACAAAUCCUGGUCGCAUAAUGCAAUUUCGAUAUUUACUAUUUGUUUACUCUCACAGCAUUUCGAGCAUGCAAGUGAAUUAUUAUAUAUAAUUUCUGAAUUGGAAGUUACAGUCAAUCUAUUAAUUCAAAUAGAUAAACUAGUUCAAUUAAUAGAGUCCCCUGUUUUUAUUGGUUUACGAUUACAAUUACUUGAACCAGAUAACAACCCUUACCUUUAUAAGUGUUUAUAUGGUCUCUUGAUGUUACUUCCACAAAGUUCAGCAUUCACAACUCUCAAAAAUAGACUAAAUUCAGUUGACUCACAAUUUAAAACACUCACUCUCCAUACUCAAAGAAAACAACUAUCUUCUCCACAACCUUCAACUUUACCAUGGAAUGAGUUGAAAGAUCACUUCAGAUCAAUCCAAUAUCGCCAUGAAGAAGCUAGAACUAUCCAAAUGAUUGAAUCUUAUAGUGUAGAUAAUGAUUUCGAUCAAAAUACUGCAAUUUCUACGUCCAAUUCAGAAAAUCAUGAAGAUCCACAAAAUACAAGAAACGUAUCUUCAUUUACAGACUUUGAUUCUAAAAGUGAUUUCAGUAAACAUCAAUUAAACACUUUGUUACAUAACAGACAAAGUGAUUCAUCAGACUUCUCACCUUCGGCGUCCAUGUCAAGUAUAAAAUCACGCUUUGGUAUCACACCGAUGUCUAACAAAUUAAUUGACAAAAACUCUUUAUCGGAUACAAGUGGUACCAUAACGCCCUACGCUAACACAUCGGGCCCAAGUGUUGCAAAGACAACGUAUGAUCUAGCAAAUGCUGAUUUAAAUUUAAAUGAUACACAAAGAUCACAUACCUCUGGCAGCUCAUCAAAGAACUCAUUAAGAAGACUAAGCGCUGCUUACUGAUUGAAAUUAUAUCAAUGACAUACUUUAUUAAUACCAUUCAGCAUCAUAUUAUUAGUCCACAAAUUUCAUUUCAGUUCAUCAAAAAUGACAAAUCCAUGGACAAAGUAAAACGUUAACUACUAUAAUUUGUCUUAACAUAAAUAAUCG